AUGUCCGAAGGCGGCAACGCAGCGGCUGUACCGGCAGCGCGGCAACAACAACCUCCCCAGCUAGCGACUAAUGCUAACGCUCCUCCGAGCGCUACGUUCUCCAUACAACCACCUGAAGCGUUCAACUUUUCAAAGCCUCAGGACUGGGAACGAUGGAUACGCAGGUUUGAGAGAUUCCGGCUAGCCAGCAACCUCCAUCUUAGCACUGAAGCUAACCAGGUGAACACUCUGAUCUACUGCAUGGGGGAUGAAGCAGAUGACAUCCUGCGCGGUCAUGAUUUAACCGACAUACAGAGACAGCAGUACACCUCAGUGAAAGCCACGCUUGAAAGGUACUUUGUGCCUAGGAAAAACGUGAUAUAUGAGAGGGCAAGAUUCAACCAAAGAGUGCAACAACCAAACGAAGCUGUUGAUGUUUUUAUUACUGCAUUGCAUGCCCUGGCAGAAAACUGCAAAUACGGAGCACUCCACGACGAGUUAAUAAGAGAUCGUAUUGUGGUGGGGCUGAGAGACGUCAGUCUAUCCGAGAGGAUGCAGUUAGACCCAGAUUUGACGCUGGAAAAAGCAGUCAACAUGGCAAGACAGUCUGAAGUGAUCAAGAGGCAGCAAACAGACCUCAGAGGAGGGGGUAGGAUGGACAUUGAUGCAAUAACAAAAGGCAGAAGACAAAAACCAUUUACACACAAAAUCCCUCAUCACCCAAAGCACUCAGCAGCAAAGCCACAGCCAACAUCUGAUCGCCAGACAUGCUACAGAUGUGGAAAAUCCCCUGGUCAUGCCAAAGCACAGUGCCCAGCCAGAGAUGUCACAUGUCACACAUGUGGAAAGAGAGGCCAUUACAACAAAGCUGCCCUUCGGCAUAGCGUCAGCCCCAGAACAUUUUCAGCGGCGCAUGUCUAUGAUCAUCGAUGGGCUGCAGGGAGUUGUAUGCCACAUGGAUGAUGUUCUCAUCUGGGGAAGAGACCAACAAGAGCACGACAUCAGACUACACACCGUUCUCAACAAACUCCAGGAAGCCGGGGUCACAUUAAACAUGGAGAAAUGUGAACUGAGCAGAAGUGAAGCCAUGUUUUUAGGCCACAUUCUGUCAGCUGA